AUGACUGCACAGACUACGCAAUACUAUGAGUUGUACCGCGGUAGUACCAUCGGUGACAGUCUCAUUGACACCAUCGACGAACUGAUCAACGAGGGACGGAUCGAGCCUCAGUUGGCGAUGAAGAUUCUAGCUCAUUUCGACAAGACCAUAUCAGAGGUGCUGGCUGAGAAAGUCAAGGCAAGACUCACAUUCAAGGGUCAUCUCGAAACAUAUAGAUUUUGUGACGAUGUUUGGACCUUCCUCGUCAAGGACGUCAAGUUUAAGACCGAGAACACCUCAGAGUUCCAUGCCGAGAAGGUGAAAAUCGUCAGCUGUAACUCGAAGAGGCCAGGAGAACUAUAG